AUCGAAUCUAAAAUGAUUUUGCAGCCUUUUUGCUUGUCUGUCUACCUAUUAACCAUAUAGAACCUAAGAAAUGUUUUCAACUUUCUCUCUACCUUUAGAAUUUUUCUAUCCACCCCCUAUAUCAUUUUGGACAGUUUGACAGGUCAAUGUAUAGGCACAGGCGUUCAAGCACAGUAUUCAUGCAAUAAAUUUCUGACAAUUUUUGACAGUUUGACGGCACUCACAGUAAGCUAACCUAAUUUAUCUCGUUUACAACGCUGUGUGAAUUACUCUCAUGUGUAUAUUAUUAUUGAUAAGACUCCACUGUCAUGAGCAACCUCAUAUGGCCUUCAGGUUGACAGAUUUACCUAUCAAAGAUAACAAAAAUAUCCUAUUUGAAAUUUAAACAUCUUGAUAUCUCCUACUUAGUUUUGCCAAAAUUAUUGAUUGAUUACCCAAAAUACUGACGAUUGCUUACUACGCACAUACUGUUUUAAACCUACACACUGAUACAUAUGUUAUUUUUACAACUAGUCACCAAUCGAUCCAUCUAACUGGAGGAAAUACGAUCAUAUCUUAUUCAUAAGUGGAUUACACUAUCGAACUCUGUGAAUGGAUCGAAACCGUCAUUAUUAUUGCACUUACAGGUGUGAACAAAUGCAUCUGUAUCCACUGUCAACAGUUAUACAUUUUUCCUUUACAUUUUAUCACAAUCUCUAAAAAGACGUUCAUUAUUCAUUCACAUUGAUUUGGGAUAUAUUUUUUCUAAAUUUUAAAAUACAUUUCCAGUCACAGGAAGAAGGCAACUAGGCCUAUUGUGGAUCUAUCAUCUGUAUAUCUCUCCUGUUAAAUUACAUAGUAGAGAUGAAUACAAGUAACAAACCGCAGCAAAAUUCGCCUGAAACAUAUUCAUCAAUGGCUCAUUCUUCACCAAAUCGAACUCCAACCUCCGUAUAUCCUUCUUCGUGUAAUAAACAACUUAGCAAUAACAGUAAUAGCAAUAAAAUGUUAUCUUAUGAUACAAAUACUUCUUGUGAUGACCAUGAGGAUAGAAGUAGCAACUCUAGUAUCAAAAUUGCUUCAACUCACAGCAAUCAUGCAUAUCAUCCAGCCAAUGUAUCAUCGACAUAUUCUGCUGGUUCCUCUUCUUCUUCUUCUUCUUCCUCUUCCUCCUCCUCCGUCCCAGCAGCUACAUGCAUCGAUCCCGGUCCUGUAACAUCCAGUAUGAAUCCAGGUAUUAUGAAUACAGACCAGCUGACAACAAUAACAACACUAAUGAAGACAGAACCAUCGAAUUCAUUCACUUCAAGGCCGUGUGACUCAACAUCCAAUUUCAUAACAAAUUCCCCGAUGAUUUCACCCACAACAUUAUCAACAACUAAUCAUCAUCAUCAUAAUAAUAGUAAUGUUAACAAGAGUAUGGAUAAUAAUUUGACUAGAUGUAAUCCAAAUCAUUGUAGUACUACUAAUAACAGCAGUAAUAAUGGUGGUGUCAAUAUAAAGCGCAAGAAUAGUUCAAAUAAUCCAGAAGAUGAUUGUAUUAAUACUAGUCGCAGUAAUAAUAUACCAUCCUAUUAUCCUACAGCCUAUCCAAAUACAUCAACAAUAGGAGGCGGAAUUGGUACUGGGUCAAAUAUGAGUAGUAUGCUUGCUGGUGGAGGUGGAGGAAUAAACAGCAGUAAUAAUAGUAACAGUACCAAUAACGGUCAUGGUAAUCCCCACCGUUUGUCUACGAAUAAUCCUAUUGCUGGAUCACAUUCUCACUUAAAUUAUUCCGAAAUGAAUUCACGACAUUUAAGUAGUAUGCCACCAACUUCUUCUACUUCAACACCGUCAGGAACAUCAGCGGGAGGAAUCAGUUCAGGAUCCAUAGGUGGUGGUGGUAGUGUAAAUACAGGACAACAUGGUAUGAAUAAUUCUGAAACACCUAUUCACAAGGCUAGAGCAGCAUUGUAUGAGCAUCCAUUAUUUCCUUUAUUGGCUUUAAUUUUUGAAAAAUGUGAAUUGGCCACAUGUACACCUCGUGAUCCGAUAUCGAUGAGUUCAGCAGCUGCAGCAGCAGCAGCUUCAGCAACCGGUAAUGCAAAUACUGGGAACAUGGAGGUAUGGUCGUCUGAAUCAUUUAAUGAGGAUAUCAUUGUAUUUGCUAAAGAGUUGGUCAACUCCCAAAAAACUAUCCGUACCAGUGAUCCUGAAUUAGAUUCCCUGAUAAUUCAAGCCAUUCAAGUUCUCCGAUUUCAUCUUCUCGAAAUUGAGAAGGUGCAUGAACUCUGUGAUAAUUUCUGUUCUCGUUACAUAACAUGUUUACGAGGUAAAAUGCCUAUAGACUUGGUGAUUGAAGAUCGGGAUUCAGCUGGAUCGACUGGUUCAGGCAACAGUCCUCAACCUGCAAAUUGUUCAGUUAGUCAAUCUACGAUGGGUUCAAAUACACUAGCUACUGGUGGAUUACAGCAUCCUAACCUCUCUGGUUCACAUCAUGGAUCAGCAGGCAUGUUUAAUAGUUUAGUUGAUGAAUCUGGUGGGAUUGGUAUGCAGCAUUCAAUGCCUCACCCUGGUGUUCCAAAUUAUGCCAGUAAUCCAGGAUUUCGAGGGGACCCAGCCGCUGCAUAUGCAGCAGUAGCUGCAGCAGCAUCUGUAUCACAGAUGGGUGGACUACUCGGAUUGGGUGGUAUGUAUCCCUGCUCAAAUCUUCCUUCAUCCAAUGUUUCAUUUCACUCAAUGUUUGGUGAUCCACGAUACAACCCGAAUCCACAUAAUUCCCCAGGACCUGGUUUUUCAGACUCCUCAAAUUAUUAUGCCCAACAACAGCAACAACAACAACAGCAGCAACAACAUCAUUCACACCAUGGUAGUCAUUCUAAUUAUCCAGGGAUGUAUUCAAAUCAGUCGGGGUUUGGUGGAGUUGAUCUAGGAUCUGAUAUUAGACCACCACAUCUUGGCUCACCUUAUUCAAAUCACCCACCCAGUGUAUCCGGAAAUUUUAACAGUUCACAAAGUUUUAGUGGACAUAUACUAGGCGCACAUAGUGGUUCCAAUUUAACCACUUUUGGUCAGCAUCAAUUAUCUGCAGACGCAUUGUCAUCUUCCUCAUCGUCCGGAAUGGUUGGACGAUCAAAAAAUUCCUCCCCUUUACUUGGGAGUGUUGGAAGUCGGCGGUCACCGGAUGCAGAUGAUCGGACAAGUCCUAAUGGGGGUGGUACAUGUCAUCGUAAUGGGACAUCCGGAUGUGGCAAUUCCAACAAUCGUGGUGGGGGAGGCUGCGAUGGAGGAACAGGUGGAGAUGGGGGUGGGCGAUCAUCGGACAAUUCAGGUGGUGGAGGAGGAGGGGGUGGUGGUGGACGUACUGCUUCUGGUACAAUCACAAACACUCAACACAUUGUUGAUCAAAGCAGCUUAGGGCGCCAAAAUCAUCAUCAUCAUCAUUCCCAUUCACUCAGUCACAUGUCACAAAAUUUAUCUCAGUCCAACACACCAAUGUCUCGUAGUCAUGGCAAUGCAAGUCAGGAUAUGAACAGUGAAGCAGGUGAUGGAAUUGAUAAUUCUAUUGGAUCUGGUGAAAACCUUGACGAAUUCGAUUUAGAAGAGAAGUCGAUUAAACGACAGAAAAAGCGUGGCAUCUUUCCAAAAGCUGCUACAAAUAUUAUGCGAGCUUGGCUGUUUCAACAUUUGUCACAUCCUUAUCCAUCUGAAGAACAGAAAAAACAGUUGGCUACAGAUACUGGUUUGACAAUUCUACAAGUCAACAACUGGUUUAUCAAUGCACGACGACGAAUUGUUCAACCGAUGAUUGAUCAGUCGAAUAGAGCAGGACCCCAUGGUUAUCCACCCGAUGCUACAGGAUGUUUGCCCUACAUGGAUAAUCAACAUUUCGCUGCCUACGGUCGUCCAGGCUUCCACCCAUCGUCUCUUCGUCCUGAAGAAUUUUAUGCUGCUGCCGCAGCUGCAGCAGCUGGUAAUACGCCAGGUGGAGAUAUUGAUGGUCAUUUAAGUUCUGGGCGUUCAAACCUUCCUGGUGGAGGAUAUAUGCCAAGUUACUUGGGUGGCAGUGUGCCAGAUUCUGAUUUUCCGAAUGCACACAAUGUAGGAAGUUAUCAACGGAGUGGAUUAUUUCCUAAUUCUACAAAUGGUGCGGUUUAUCCACCCAUACUUAGUGGUCAUCUUCCAUAUGGUCCUUAUUCCGCUCCAUCACCAACUCCUCCAUCGAAUACCAGUAGUUUAUCUGGAAGACAGCCAGGUCAGUUUGCUGGACAAUUUGGUCUGUUUCAAAGCCAAAACAAUAAUUCAGAAAACAGUUAUACACCAUCCGAGUCUAAAAUGCGUACAGCUGCUGAUGUUGAUAGUGUUCAAAAGGCUACAUUGGCUGUAGCACAGUAUGCAGCAGCACUUGCUUUACAACAGCAACAACAACAAAAUCAGAAACGCAACUAUCCCGCAAACACUACUGGACUGAGUCCCAACUCGAAUAAUUCUACACCGACCGUAUCUGCAGCUGGUUACAACUCACCUAAUAAUAGUAGUAGUUACAGAGGUAUGAGUAAUGGGCAUUCUAUGUCUGGUCAUCCAAGACCCUUAUCACCAUCUCAUCACGGAAGUCCUGCGUCUGGACCCUGUCCGGCCUUCAAUGGACCUACUGGUGUAAACAACAUUCCACCGGCUCAUGUACAACAUCCACUGAAUGCUGGUUCACCUACGUCGUUUCCGGUGUCUAAUCGACAUGCAAAUUUAAGUUUACCACAUUAUGGUCACCAUGCAAAUCAUGUGACUAAUCACCAUCAUCAUGCUGGGGGAUUUUUACCUUCAGUGGGUGGUCAAGACAGUAUACCCCAACCAUCACUUCAAGAUAUACAUGCCGGUUGAAAAAAAGGAUAACAGCUGUAUACUUCAGGAAAUAUUGAGACAAAUGUGAGCUUACAUACGUUAAGCCGUUCUGUUUAAAUCUUGCCCAUCUUUGUUCAAUAAAUUAUGUUGACACAUAACCCGGUGGAUUCAUAUCCUCCUAAUUGUCAUCUUAAUCCUCUUCUUUCUGGCCGUAUAACAACUUUUCAAAUUUAACUUUUUUGAAUCAAAGCUGGCUCCUAUUUUUAUCGAGGAAGUAGAUCAACAAACAAGUAAACAGAUGGACAAAAGCAAGGCAGAUAAUGAUAGAGUAUUCACAGAAAUGUUUACAUCUCAAACUCAGUUACUCAGUGGUUUAUGCACUUACAUUUUAGUAGUUAGUCAACUUGACCGGCAUUUUCUAGCUUGUCUAUUGAAAUCUGUAUGUGUUAUAUGUAGGCAGCUCACUUCUCUAUUGUUCCUUUGUCUAACUGACCUUUUUAAUGGGCACCUUAUACAUUACUGAAAGGUAGCAUUAAUUUUAAUUCAACUCCAUUUUUUUGAGUCUUUUGGGUACCCACUGUGGUAAACAGGUGCACGUUCACAAAUAUGUAAGUAUGCAAACGUUAUUGGAUGUGUUUCCACUUCUACCCCUUUCCUUACGAAAGUACACACACAUACCUAACUAGUCAUUUGAUCUUUUGAUCCUUUCCUUGCCCCUUGACACAAACAAUUUUGAUUUUGUUUCUUGUGAAUCUGAAUUAUUUUUUUCUGUUGAGAGAACUCUUCUUUAUCUGCUCUAUUCCUGCCCGUGGUGACAAUUUUAAUUGCACCUUAGUAAUAUUCGAUUUACACA